CAAGACAUAAAUAUAAUGUGUGAGAGAAAAUAUGAUGUUACAGUUAGUUAUCACCGUAUGAUUGGAAGCGGAUUGAAAAACUAAGCAGAAAUCAUGGACUUUGGGGAUGAUGAUGAAAUUAUAGUUCCAAUAUGGAAUGUAGAAGCCGAAGUUCUUCCGUUUGAGGACUACGAUUCACCCGCGCCAAAAAUAACUGUAACACAUGCUGAAUCUUGGGAAAUACUAUACCACGUGUGGUUUAUAUUAGAGUCCCUGCUGGCCGUUAUAUUUUUCUUUGCGAUUACGCGCGUCUUUGGUCAGAAAACGCCGCAUAUAAUUCACCCCGAUUCCAUUAAGCGAUACCUCUACGAAUUCCUAUUUAUUCUUGCGCCUACAGUGUUAUUUGUAAUUGUGCUACAUCAUUAUGUUUAUGCUGUAAUUAUCGUGUUCGCUAUUUCUGUAAUAUACGCAUUAUUUAUGAUUUAUAAAACCAAUGCACAACAACGCUGGUACAUUACGGGUGGUCGCCGACCCUUCAUUUUGACAUUAAAUCGUGCUACAAUCUACUUGAUAACAGCGCUUUGUAUAUUAGCCGAGGAUUUUCAAUGUUUUCCAAAAUAUUUUCAAAUGUCGCAUGGCCAUAGUAUUGGCUUAAAAGAUGCGCUAGCGGGAUUUUAUGUUUUUACAAUGGCGACCGUUGAGCGAAAUAAGAAUAAAAUAUAUGGAGUUAGACGCACUUUAACGGCGCUAGUGCUUUUGUGGUUAGGCGAGUAUGUCGGUUCAAAAUAUAUUAUAUAUAGCCAUGAUGAAAAUGUAUAUGGCGAGCAUUGGAAUAUAUUCGUUACGUUGGCACUGACAAAAUGUAUUGGCACUUUUUACUGUUCUGUGUUUAAGUCACGCAGUAAACAGCUCUAUGUCGGAGGGGUAUUGAAGACUUCGGAUAUACCACGUUAUAGAGACCUUUUGCCUAUGAUUGUAGAGGCAAUAAAUAAGAAUGGAUUUUUAUUUUUCGUGUUAACUAUUUUAAGCGCACGCCUCAAUGUUAUUGUUAAUCCCAUGAUACUGGAUGUUUCCUUAUUACAUCAUUUUAAAUUACGUAUAUCUAUAUAA